AUGGCAGCGUGCCACGUAAGUGCAUUUGACGUGCUUGUCGACUCGUUGUUUGGCGCGAGGGGAUCUGUGCGGCUUAAUAACGGGGAUAGCUGCUCAGCUGCCACGUCGGCAGAGCAACUUGCCUCCUUCCCCCUGCACAGCUCUACAUGGUGCUCUCAGGCAGUACCGGGAAUUGCACACGUGGCGCCGCUACUGCACACGCUGUCACUUGCCACCUCAGCAGUGUCUGAUGCUGACGCUCUGGGUGUUGCGCAUUUCCUUCCUCUUCUGUCUCCCUCUCUUCCUCUCUCCCUCUCUCCCUCUCUCCCCUCCUCUCCCCCACCAGCACAGAUGCAUUGGCGCCUCAUCUCGCCUCCUCCCCCUCUCUCACCACCAUCUCCCUCCACCGCUGCUUCAGCCACACACGGCCUCGCUUGCUUCCAGCGAACCUUGAUCAUUGCUUAUCUUUUUCCCUCUUUCUCUCUUCCCCUCGUCCCCUCUCGUCCCCUGUCUCCCUCUCUUCCUCUCUCCCUCUCUCCCUCUCUCCCCUCCUCUUCCCCACCAGCACAGACGCAUUGGCGCCUCAUCUCGCCUCCUCCCCCUCCCUCACCACCAUCUCCCGGCACUGCUGCUUCAGCCUCACACCCCACACCUCCCGUCCUCUUCCCCUCUCUCCCUCCCCUACCCCCCCACCCCACCAGCACAGACGCAUUGGCGCCUCAUCUCGCCUCCUCCCCCGCCCUCACCACCAUCUCUCUCCACCGCUGCUUCGGCCUCUCCCCCCACACCGUCUCGCUCCUUCUAGAAGCUUCCAGGAAACCGGGCUCGGUGCUGACUGCCCUGGUCUUCAGCCACGUGGACAGGCUCUCUUUGCGCCACGUGGCACCCCCAGAUACCGCUAUCCCCAGUGCCGCCCAGAGCGAGCCUCCAAAAGAGGAUGAGGAUGGGCGCAUGUCAUUUCUUGGACUGACUCGGAAGAGAGAGGAGGAGGGUGAGUGGUGGGAAAUGACAUGCAAAGGAGGGUGUGGGGAAUGGGGGUUGGCUGGGCGCUCUCACGAGAGUUUCACCCGCCCUCCCCCUGCGCCCCCUCUCCCUUGUGCAUGUGCUAACCCGCUUCCCCUCGUUCACUGCACACCCUCCCUCCCGGCCCCCCUCAUCCUCUCCCCAACCCCACCUCACCAGCCUCCUUCCCAGCAGCACUCUCUCGAGCGCUCCAACGCCCUUCUUCCCUGCGUUCCCUCUCCCUGCACUCCUGCCAAGCGCUCUCAGCCAGAGCGCUGCAGCUCAUUGUGA